CAUGGCAACAACAUCAGGCUGACGUCACAGCUCCAUUGUCCUCAUGCUGAUGCUAACAGGCUAACAGGAGAGCUGCUGCUAACAGGCUAACAGGAGAGAAAACAAACACAAGAUGGACCGAGGUGUGAAGCGGCGGCAGGUGAAGCCCCUCGCCGCCUCCCUAUUGGACGCCUUGGAUUAUGACAGCUCCGACGACAGUGACUUUGAAGUGGGCGACGCCACAGGAUCUGACGGCACAGGAAACGGCAGCGAUGAAGACGAGGGAUCCAAAGCGAGCGCCGCCGGAUCAGAAAGCGACUCAGAAAACGCCGGCUCUGCAGACGAAGCUAUCGACGAGAACGAAGCCAAAGACUUGGCAGCGGACGAAAAUCUAACGGAAGACGAAGAGAAAUCAAAACAACCGCCUUCUUCCUCCGAUGGAUCCACGAAAGAAACCCCUAUUGUUCCAGCGACUAAAAGCAGACGGAAGAGCAAGAAAACGUCCGAUCCAGAGCCGGAAAAAGACCUGGAAAAAGAGCCGGAGUCCGAAUCAACGUCUGGAAACACGGAGGAAAAUCAAACCGAGACGAAGAAGUGGAAUUUCAGGAGGAACCGACCUCUUCUGGACUUCACCACCAUGGAGGAUCUGAACGAAAUGGACGACUACGACAGCGAGGACGAUAACGACUGGAGACCGAGCGUUGGGAAGAAGAAGGGAAAGACUGGGGGUCAGAAAGGAGGAGGAGAUGAGGAAGAGGAGGGAGGCAGCGCUAGUGACGACGAUGAUGAUGACGAUAAUGAUGAUGAUGAUGACGACGACGACGAUGAUGAUGAUGACGAUGAUGACAAGGAGGAUGGGCAGGAGAACAGUAACAACAACAAAGAUACUAGCAGUGACAGUGACAAAGACUUGAAGAAACCCAAGAAGAAGACGAAGAGCAGCAAUGCCUUCGAUGAAGAGCUGACCAAUGACAGCAUGUCUCAGGGGAAGAGAAACGAGAUUUCCCAGGAUGCUUUGCUGGACCGCACUCAGACCUGGACGGCUCAGCACAUCCUGAUCUGCUGCGUCUGUCUGGGAGACAACAGCGAGGACGCAGACGAGAUCAUUCAGUGUGACAACUGCGGGGUGACCGUGCACGAGGGAUGUUACGGUGUGGACGGAGAGAGCGACUCCAUCAUGAGCUCAGCGUCGGAGAACUCGACGGAGCCGUGGUUCUGCGACGCCUGUAAGAACGGAGUCACUCCGAGCUGUGAACUCUGCCCGAAUCAAGACGGCAUCUUCAAAGAGACGGACGCUGGGAGAUGGGUGCAUGUGGUUUGUGCGCUCUACGUUCCCGGAGUGGCGUUCGGAGACAUCGAUAAACUGCGACCGGUGACUCUCACAGAGAUGAAUUAUUCAAAAUAUGGAGCCAAGGAAUGCAGUUUCUGUGAGGACGCUCGUUUCUCCCGCACCGGGGUCUGCAUCAGCUGCGACGCCGGGAUGUGCCGCUCCUAUUUCCACGUCACCUGUGCUCAGAGGGAGGGGCUCCUGUCUGAGGCUGCUGCAGAGGAGGUGAGCGCUGCUACCUGAAAAGGGUAUAAGUCUAGGUGCCAUAGCAAUAACAUCUGGAGGGAACACAGGGAUUUUAGCCUUUGCAGACCGUUUACAUGCA